AUGCAGCGCAUGGUGUACGCGCUGCUAUCGAAAAAGGGGCUGUUGCGCUGUGGGAUGGACGGGGGGCCGUGUACCUUCCUGAGGACCGACACUCCAAUGCAGUACGUCGCCGUGGACAGCUGGAAUGGUUUCGUCUAUUUUAUCGGCCCUGAGGGUACUGUAGUGCAGGCCGAGCUGUUCUCCUUCAACGCCACCGAUUCCUACGCGUUCCAGCGGACUCGGGAGUUGCCAGAGCUCUCCCCGGCUGUGGCGAUGGAGAUUGACUACAGGGAGCAGCAGCUGGUCGUCAUCCUGCAAAAUGGCUCUGUGUUCGGCCGAGACAUCGUCAGCGGAAAUAUGAGCCUGAUUCGCGACGGAUCCUACAUGGCCGUCACAAAAAUGCAUCUGGCGGACGGGCGAUUGUUUUGGACCGGGAAAAAGUGCGGCGAGAACGCGCUGGACGAGGUGUGCUUCUACUCGGAGGAGCCGAGCGACGAGGGGAUACAUUUUUCGAGGUACCUCCUCACCGGUCAGCUGGUCGAUUUUUCGCUGGUGUCUGCACCAUUCUACCCCUGCUGUCUCCCCGCCCCUGAGCAUAUCGGCUUCAUGCCAAAUGGGCUGGAGGCCCGGGUUACGUGGCCGUUGCUUCCGGCAAUGGCAUAUCAGGCGAUGGGUGAGGGCUGGCGCAACGUGCACUACGAAUGUCGCCUCGAGGCCGUCGAUGGCUCGCUCAGCCAGACACAACACACUAAUGGCAACGAUUUGGUAUUCCCCCUGGGUGCUGCUGUCGAGUAUACAGUAUCGGUACGCGGCUGUACGCUCCACAUUUGCAGCCCGUUCGCCGAGAAGAACGUCACCAUGUUCAAGGGGUACACUGCCAACCCAGCCUAUGCUAUCCAAAAAACCGGAAACUCCCCCGAAACCCUUGAUCUGCUAGGGCAACCCAUCGCCCUGGAACCGUUACUAUCGGGACUGCCCGCUAUCCUACCUGCGAUCUUGGCCAUCGACAACACCACCCAGACGCUCUACUCGACGGCUGGGAGCGAGACGGCCAAGAUCGUCAAAAACCGAUUGCCAAUCUCGCAAGGGGGUCCGGAGGCGAAAGACGAGACUACCGUACUCCUCGAGUACUUCCGCCCCUCCUCUGCGGCUCUGAUGGCGUCGCGGGCACUGCUCGUGCUUUCCUCUCCCUAUGAGCUGGUCUCCUACCGUAUCACUGGGACGCUGGAUCAAAUAAUCUACGCCUGCUCCUCAUUGGACGUUACCGUAUGCGCGGAGGUGAUAGCCGUGGCGACGGAUGAGACAACGGGGGACAUUUUCUACUUGACACAGUUGUCAAACGGAACGGUGCAGCUCUAUCAGGUGGAUCCGGUUACGCGGUUGCCACAGCACCUGGCAUCGUCAUCCGAAUUGCCAAGAAUCUCGCAAAUGGCCGUCGCCUACGACAAGCUACUCCUGUUGACGGCCGACGAGGGACGUGUCGGCAUUAUCGAUCGAAAACUGGACUCUCUCGAUCUGAACUGGGUGGUAGAAGGGAUCUCCCAGCUGAUCCCCAUCUGGCCCACGUCCACGAGCAAUCGCUUCGACUUCAAGGGGGAUGUGCUGAUGGGGGAAGUGGUGAAAAACGACCUCACCUGGACGCCAGUUACACCUAGACGAGACAACGGAUCGAUUCUAUACCAGAUUUCCAUAUGGCGAGACGAGCACGACGAUCCCUAUCGCUCGUUCUCACUGGCUCCCGUCUAUACCGUGCCCACCGAAUUGCUCGAGAAAUGGGACAGCGCACAGGUGUUCUCAUCUCAGGUGACAGCAAUGAACGCGUGGACGUCGUUGAACAUCUCCAAGUCGGGCCUGGUGGCUCCGACGAAGCCGCCGAGCCCUCCGAUGGCAACCAGGAUUUUUGCUACGCAACAGAAAAUGGUAGACGGCGCCCGGGCGAUCAUCUCGUUCUUCUGGGGUGCACCGAAGGAGUGGAACGGGAGGCCGUUGAGAUAUGUGCUGAACUGCACGAAGCAGGACGACGGGGCCGAGAAUCUUGUGGCGCUCGACUUGCCCCCGGCCGUCACCUACUACUCGUUUGCCGUCAAGAGCGGGAAGGUCUCGUGCGCGGUAGCCGCCUCGAAUGAGCCGUCAAACGUUGGAGACUUCUCAGCACCAUUAUCGAUCGACAGCUCCGAAUUGCGACCACUGGUCCGUCUCUUUGCCAUCGAUUCUUCGAAUGAUCUCUUUGCCGUCCCGAAUAUCACUGAUGGUUAUCAAGCGCGAGUGACGAGAGAGCAGAGGACUAGAAGAGAGAAGAGACAAAACACGGCGCCGUCGCUGCACUACCAAGCCAUGGCGUUCAUCGAGACGAACCUGUACGCCGUUGGGUUGGAGCCAGGCUCGGUCCAUCCGAGUCUCGUCCAGCUGGAUACGAACAAUAUCUCCAGCCUGCAGCACAAGGUUUCCCUGACCGGGGACUUCCCGCCAAUCGUCGCCAUGGCCUCCGAUUGGGUCGGCUUCCGACUGCUGCUGCUCAUGGGAAAAGCCCUCUAUCAGGUGACGCUGGAUCCUUUUCUCUCCUCAGCCAUCUUGGCGCCGAAAAAGCUCGCGGAUCUCUCCCUCGGCUCCUCCGAUCCGAAGCAGCUCACCUACGAUCCGUUUACAAGUACGGCCUUCAUCCUCACCCUGAACGGCUCGAUCUUCUCGUACGAUCUGGCGAAGGGCGUCGAGCGGAAUUUGGCGCACACCGUACUCUGCCUGGCCACCGAGACGGUCACCUGGAUGACGACUGAAUUCACGUGGAAUCGCCCGGCGUCCCCCAAAAUCUACGCGCUGACGUGGAACGGGAUUCUGGAGAUUGAGCUCGACGGACGUUGCGGCGAGCUGAAGAGUAUCGACUGGACCAAGUUUGGGGAGCGCGGCCUGAAAUCGUUGAACGCGUUCUCCAUUGCCGACAAGAUGUUCGUGUUCUCCUCCCCAACAGAGCUGCUCCUCUACAAUCCAACUGACACCUCCAUCCACCCAAUCCCCAUCCCCCAUCCACCCCUCCGGCAGAUAUUGGCCGCCAGCCAGAGCAGUCAGCCGUAUCCGGACCGUAAAUGCUUUUCCCUGCCAGCCUCAUCGCAGAUCAGCUUCUCCGUCCAUAACGAGGGCCGUACGGGGGCCGCAGUGCGUAUCGAUCGACCCCCAGUCGUCCCGGCAUGCUCUGCCAUAUCCCUCCCCACUACCGUAUACGAUAUCUUCUUCAACCGAACCGACAAAUCGCGGGUGAAGCACAUCGAGAGUUACGCCGAUCAAUAUCAUCUGGAGGAUGGGAGUCUGGAUAAGGAGACAGAUUAUACGGUACGCGUGACGUGGAAAAACCGGUGGUCCUCCGACACUACCGCAUCUGAGUCGAAGCUCUUCAGGACAGGAUUCGGCUACCCGUCACCGCCCCGAAAUUUGAAGGCAAUUUCCGUCACACCGGACACGAUCCUCCUGUUCUGGCAACUGCCCGAGACCUUGAAUGGCCCGGUGGAGGAGGUGAAGUACAAGCUCAGUCAGCAGGUCUCCAGCCUCUCACCGGCUUCAAUUGCCGUCCAGCCAUGGACGCUGAAUGGUUUCUCGCUCUCAACGACUGACGUGGUCUCAUGCCUGGAGAGCCCGUGUCGGGUGAAGAUCUCGAAUCUGCGUGCCUCUACAGACUACAAAUUCUGGGACAUUGCCGGCACCCUGCGCCCUGACAACGUAACCGGCUCCUCCCUGCUGUUGAGGUGGAACUCCCUCCAACCUGAGCAACCCCCGAAAGCCGUCUCCAUCCAGUUCAAGGAGUCUGGCGGGCACGGGGAGUGGAAGACGCCGAAAAACGCGUCGUUCGACCCUCGGGAAAUCCGGGCAUCGAUCGGGAUCUUGAUCGCGAAUCUACUGUCUGCCACUUCCUACGAUUAUCGUUUCGUUGCCGUGUAUAAAGGAGGCUUCGAUUUCGACAGCAAGCACUACGACUAUACCGAGGACUACUUCCAGGGCAUCCAGCAAGCACGCACAAAGGCCGGGACCCCGACGGAGCCCCAACUCGUGGCUGUUCGCCAGAAUCCCGACGGCUGGGUGGUCGAGUGGCAGCCGCCGAACUCUGAUGGGGGCAGCAUAAUCACGAGCUACGCCUUGGAGAUGCGCCCUAACCACACGGCGGAAUGGGAGAUUGCCGAGCGGGGGCUGGAUGGGCGGGUGUUUUGGUGGCGCCCUCCAAAGCCCGAGUGGGCCCCGCAUUGGCAAUUCCGGGUUCGAGCUGCGAAUCAGGAGGGCUUUGGCCCCUAUAAGGAGACACCGGUCUGGCCGGAAGACCUCGAGGUGAAGCGCCCGUUCCCGUGGCUAAUCGGAAGCGCCAUCGCCUCGGCCCUGCUCCUCAUCAUGGUCAUCGCAUUCUUCUUGAUGGCGCGUCGUCGUCAAGUUCGGGAGCGCCAACGGCGGCCGCGCGUCGACGACAAAUCAAUCACGCUGGACGCGAUCGGGCAGCUGGACGCCCAUUUCGGGAAGGCGACUCGCGAGAUGCCGUCACAGAUUGCACACGAGAUACGGAAUCUUCCCCAAAUCCCGCGUGACCGUAUCCGGCUCGUCCGCCAAGUUGGCGAAGGCCAAUUUGGGAAGGUCUUUGAGGGAACGGCUCUGUUGGAUCGAGACUCGACGGAAGUGGGAGUGGCCAUCAAGCGUCUCCACGACAAACCGGACGCUGAGACGAGGAUGAAGUUCUUGAAAGAGGCCAUUUUGAUGAAUAAUUUCGAUCAUCCAAACAUCGUGCGCCUCGUCGGGGUGUCGUUUGGGGAGGAGCCGCAGCUAUUGCUCCUCGAGUUGAUCCGUCCGGUCGACGAGGAGCCACGAGACCGGCUGACCAUCAAGGAGCUUCUAACAAUGAUGAUGGAUAUUGGAAGAGGCGCCUCCUACCUGGAGCAGCUGCGGCACGUCCAUCGCGAUCUGGCUGCGCGGAACUGCUUGCUGACGUCGCGGAAGGGAACCCGCCACGCGAAGAUUGGGGAUUUCGGGCUGACGAGAGUGGUGCAGGGGAAUGACUACUGGCAGAUGAGGGGCACCGACUUCUUGCCGUUCAGGUGGCUGGCACCGGAGGCCGCCUCGCUCGGGUUGUUCAGCUCCAAAUCAGACGUCUGGUCGUACGGGGUGCUGUUCUGGGAGGCGUUCACCCUGGGCGAUGUCCCGCACGGCGGACUGGCCGAUGAGACGGUGCAUCAGCGCGUGAAAAGCGGCACACCAUUGGCGCGGCCGCCCUAUUGCCCGGAAUCGAUCUACAAAUUGAUGGAGUCGUGCUGGGCGUCAGAGGCACAGGAUCGGCCGACAUUUGCGACGCUUUUGGCCGAGAUUGACGACCUCCGGGAUAUGCCCGAAUUUCAGAACGAGAAGGAGAAGUACCCAAACUGCCUCCUGGGCCCGGUGCUGACGAGAGGAGGAGGAGGCGGACGAGUGAAUGAGGCAUUCGAGGCAUCGACGGCUUCCUCUUCAAGUGAGCGCGACCCGGCGCAGCGGAUGAUCACGGCCGCGUCGCGGGCCCUUGAGCACGCAAAAAUCGAUAAAGGGUCGUCGGCGGCGCGACGGCCGGGCCGACCGGGCGUCAACCGCUCCCAGCGCGCCGAGCGCACCAAGAGCAAUUCGGUGCCCAAUGAGCACGACCUGGACCCGCUGUGUCUGGGCCGACAGCCCGAGGAUUACGCCCCGCCCCCUGCCCCACGCGUCAUCAGACAGGUUACGGUACCGAUGAUGGGCCCGGAGAAUGAUGGAUUCGUCGAUGAGGGAAACCUCUCUCAAUCGUGGUCAGGCGGUCCAAAUGCCCCCUCUCAUGCUCCCCAUCUGCCCUCAUCCUCAUCUACCCGUCAUCAGAGUCUGUCCUCGAGUCGUGGUCCCCUCGAUUGGGAGGCCUCUGCGGCGUCCCGAAAAUCGAAGCUGAGCCAGGUGAGCCGCGUC